AUGGUUAACAAAGGCCUAAGCCAAAAUAACACAAGGUCGAGCUCAAGGGGUCAACGUAGGGAAGUGACCCUCGUCGUAUGGGAUAAGGUCCUUACGUCAUAUAAACAACGAGGAGCAAUAUGUUUCCCCAAGAGACAGAGCACGCCCAACACGCACCUGGUGUCCCUGGCGGCCGGCGACCUCCUGAUGGUGCUGCUGACGGUGCCCUUCAUCUCGAUCGUGUACACGGUGUCCUCGUACCCGUUCGGCGAGACGGUCUGCCGCGCCUCCGAGUUCGUCAAGGACCUGAGUCUGGGCAUCACGGUGUUCACGCUGACGGCCCUCAGCGCCGACCGCUACAUGGCCAUCGUGCGCCCCGUCAGCCACCACGUGUCCGACACCGCCGGCCGCGUCACGAUCAUCGUCGCCGUCGGCAUCUGGGUGUUCUCGGCCAUCCUGGCGCUCCCUGCCGCCCUCUUCUCGCACGUGCCCGACAAGUUCACGCCCACGGGGGAGAAGUACCACAUCUGCACGCCCUUCCCGCCGUUCCUGGGCGACCUGUACCCGAAGAUCCACACGCUCGUCAAGUUCAUCGUGUACUACCUGCUCCCGCUGGUGCUCAUCGCCACCUUCUACGUGCUCAUGGCCCGCCACCUGCUGGUGUCGGCGCAGCACCUGCCCGGCGAGGCGGCGGGCCAGCAGCGCCAGGUGCAGGCCCGCAGGAAGGUGGCCAAGAUGGUGCUGGCCUUCGUCACCAUCUUCGCCAUCUGCUUCCUGCCCAUCAACAUCUUCAUCAUGUGGUGGCACUUCGGCGAGAACUCCAGCAUGAACUACAACAUCUACUGGCACUCCUUCCGCAUCGUCGGCUUCUGCCUGUCCUUCAUCAACUCCUGCAUCAACCCCAUCGCCCUGUACUUCGUCAGCGGGACCUUCCGCAAGUACUUCAACCGCCACGUCUUCUGCUGGUGCACCCGGCGGAGGCGCGGCCGCAGGAGGGACUGGGACCCCACCGACUCGACGGCCACGCGCCUCUCCACGGCCCCGAGGACCGAGCACGUCCACCUGCGGAUGGUCGGGGGGGCGGACAACGGCACCCACGACGCCCCGCACCGCCUCACCCUCACCAGCACCACCAGCCUCCUCUCCUCGCGCAACUACAACAACCCCGGCUCCGUGGUGUGAGCGCCCGACGCCCCCUGAGUUGGGGACGCCCGCGGGGGCUCGCUCGAGGCGCAGGCUGGGCGCUGUGGAAAGGCCGCCUGUUGGCCGUCGGUUGAUCCCGUGGAGGAAGUACCGAUGUUGGGCGUCAUCUGCUCUGACUCAGAAACCCGCAGUGCCGCUUUCUGAGUGCGGGUGACCCUCGGAGUGUUCGGCGCGCGGUAGGACAUCUCGCUGGCUGUUCAAUGGUCUUAUAAGAGGCCUGUCAAUCAAUAAUCACUUUCACACACAUCUCGCCAAACUCCAAAUAUCAGAAAGUCUCAAGACCAAGAAGAGAAGUUAUCAAGAAGGUCUGGGUCUCUUUCUGUCUGAGAUAAUCAUGACCUUCGCAUGAUUCAUCCAAAGAAGUGUUCCUCUGGCGCGAGAAACUUCCUUUUCUGAGAGCCAAACGAAAGGUGAUUCGACGACUUCAAAGAUGGUAUCUUAUUUCUCAGAAGUAUGGUAUCGAACGCCCAUAUUCGCCUUCAUUCAUUCAUAUCCAAUCGUUACCCAAUGAAAAGAGAAGCAGAAAAAAACAUUACAAUUUACGUUUUCUCUGUCUAAACAAGCUUCUUACAUCCAAAAAGGAUUCAGUGAAAUCCAAGAGGUAAAGUAAAUAUCUACAGGAUAUUCAUCUUGUCGCAAC